AUGACUAUCAAGCCCAAGCGCAAGUUGUUUUUUUAUCAAGUACUGCUGGUGACUGUAGCUCUAUUGAUCUGUGCCAGUAAGGCAUUGACGGCCAUCGAUUCCAAGAAUCUCCCCACCCUCGACAGAAUCAGAGCCGACCGGCGAUUGAGGGCGACGGUAGAUGGUUACGACUACAACUACGAGUCCGAAGACAGAGCCUUUACCGGCAUUACGAAGCUAAAAGAAUUUGCUCAGGCUGGGACGAAGAAGCUGCAGAAGGCCGUUGAUACUGCCAAGACGAAGCUGACGUCCAAGCCCACUAUUGACCAGCGCUUUAAGCAGUUCAAAGUCGAUCAAGUCGAGUCCAACGUUUUCGAAAGCAUGCAAUUUAAUGCCUGGGCCAAGUCUGUUGCAAAAACGACCAAGAACAACCAGGACGCCACCGACGCUGCAAUGCUCGCGACGUUGGCGACUCAUUACGGCGAUGAGACUCUUGCCCGUAUGCUAGAUGCCGCAAAACAGGUGUCAAGUACAAAAUCGACGGCCACUAGACUGGAAAAUGCGCAGAUAAGCAAGUGGGUGGAUGACGGGGACGCACAACUCAACAAAUGGCUUGCUGAUGGAGUAAGUGCGGACAGCGUUUAUAAGCUUCUGCGGAUUGAUGCUGAAGGCAGUAAUCUACUGAAAAGCCCCAAGGUGAACAUGUGGAUGAGCUACCUGACAAAGUUGAACAAGGACCCAUACGACGUCCUACUUUACAAGGUGAGAGCGCACUAUGACGACGUGGGACUAGCGAAAAUGUUUGUUCUGUCCAAGAAAGACUCUUCAACAAAAGUGCUGGCCGAGAAGCUCGAGACGCUGCAGCUCGAGAAGUGGAUGAACAAUAAAAACAGCGCGGCUGACGUCUUCCGGAUCCUGAAGUUAAACCAAGAAAGCACGACACUUCUAAAAAAUCCAGUGCUAACCACAUGGGUCGCAUACGUUGAAAAGCUGCAAAAGAAUCCCUACGAAAUGCUGUUUUCAGCGAUCAAGGCAAAGGGCUUCGACGACGUAGAGUUGGCGAGGCUCAUCACCGCAGCAAAGCAAGACCUCCAUACAGGGACUGUUGUCGCGAAACUGGAGAAAGUGCAGCUCCAGAAAUGGGCCACGGAUGGGAAGACCAGUGGAGACCUCUUUAAGUACCUCGGACUGUACAAAGCGGGUGACAAGUUUCUUGAUAGUCCAGUGCUGAACAAUUGGUUCUCUUACAUGGAAAUGCUGAGGAAGGACCCCUACACGAUGCUAGUCCAUACAAUCAGGAAGUCAGGCUUGGACGAAGUAGACUUGGCGAGGCUUGUUAACAAGGCCAAGCAAGACACCAAUUCGAAAACCAUGGCUGCGAAUGUGGAGAAGAUGCAACUUGGUAAAUGGUCGGUAGAUUCGAAAACCAGCGACGAUGUCUUUAAACUCCUUCGACUCGACAAAGAAGGAGACAAGGUGUUCGAGAGCCCAGUGUGGAGCACUUGGACCGCAUAUCUGAACAAGGUGGAAAUUGACCCUGACGCAGAUCUGGUCAUGUACACAGUACUGAGGAACAAAUUUGGUGACGAAGGGUUGGCAAAUCUGGUUGCGAAAGCGAAGCAAGUAGCGAACACCAAAGAGACCGCUGAGAAGCUGCAGCUGGAGAUUUGGCGGGUCGGUCAGAAAAGCUCAGAUGACAUUUUCAAUCUUCUCAAGUUGAACGAAAUGGGUACAAAGCUGUUCGAAAACCCGGGGCCAUUAAGGACGUGGAUAGCCUAUGUGAACAGGGUGAAUAGCUUCAAGAGAAAUAGAGUGAAGGUGUUCCAGCCGAUCAUUCAAUUGGAGAAACGCUUUGGAGAAGAGGAGCUAGCGGUGCUGUUGGUCAACUCGAAAGCGAAACACUAUUUGACCAAGGCUGGUAUAGCCGAAGAUUUGCAAGAGUGGCAAUUCAAGAAAUGGAUGGUUCACAAGACAAACGUCGAUAAGAUGUUCCCUUUUGAAGACCAUACCAGCAUACGAAUUAAAUGGGAGUACAAGCAGUUCUACAAGGAGAAUGCCGAUUCAUUGAUCAUUUAG